UGCAUGGCGGGAGCUUAGAGGCGCUGGAGAGAAAUCGGCGGGCUAGGGAUUUAUUCCCCCCCCCGUUCAGAUUCAGAGUAGGAAGACAAAAGAGCGAAUCCUAUAAAAGGCACGAGAGUUGAGGCCUUUCGUAGCAGAGACUUUGCACAGUAUGACAAGCAUAUAACCCAGAAACGACUGCUUUUUCAAGACUUGGUCAAACUUUGGCUCCCAACUAUUCACUUGGAAGGCAGCCUGGGACCAGUUACCUGGGGUGACCAGCCAGUCUCAAGGAAAAUCCAAGCGGGAAGAGAUCGCUGACUGGCUGGAGAGCGGGCUGGGUUGCCCUGGACCAAAGCGCUUGCUGCCAUAAGUGUAUUGAGAAAACUACGAAUUCCUGAGAUUUUUUUUGCAGGAAGGAAGAGAAGCCAAAAGUGAACCCCCAAACGUUUAAAAAAUGCUUGUGUGAGAGGAGGAGACAGAGCUAUCCUCGGAGCCUGCCUCCUACCUUAACGAGAGGAAGGGGAAAUCGCCAAGGAGUUUUGGCAGCCGUGUUCCUCCGAGGCGCUUUCCUGAGACGAAGGACUCGGGGCGCUAAUUGCGAGAAAGAGGAGCGCGGGUGAUUGUUAAAUUGGUGCUUCUCUUCCCCACCCGUCAAGUUCUGUGCCCUCCGAGACACCUUUGGACGAGGUUUCCCAACUGGCUUUUCGGGGAAAGACUGCCCGGGUCUCCUUUCCUUCCCUCGCCUUCGAGAGUGAGCGGCGGAAGGAGCUUGCACUCAAAGCUUCCGUCCACUUUUCCAGAGGGGGGGGGCAAGAGAGGCGCUGGGGAUGUCGCUGCUCCUGCUGGGCUUGGGGCGCUGCUACUGAACUUGCUCGCCUUCUCUGGGGAGGAAAGGAGAACUGUUUUUCCUACUUGCCCUUUUGGCUUGUUCUUCUCUUUCCUUCUUCACCUCCUCCUCCUCUCCUCCUCCUCCAGCCGUGACGCAUCGUCCCUCCCCCUUCCAACCUCCGGGCAGCUUUAAAACUCCCCCUUUCUCCUUUUCACCUUCCCUCCUCCCUCUUUCGCUUGCCUGGGGCUGAAUUAGUUUCCUUCAGCGCUGCCUCUGCUUGUUCCUGGGGUAGGCUGAAUCUUCGUCGUCUUCUCUUCUCUACACCCCCCCCCCGCUCCCUUUUUUCAGAUUUGUGGACGCUAGUGGUGUCUGAAGGAAUCUCUGUUGCUGUUCUUCCCUUCCUGCCCCGGGGCUGGCAGCAAGGGGGAAGGGGGGGACUUGCUUGCGGAGGAGGGGGAAGGAAGGAGGCAAAGGCCAGUGUGAGUUGCUGGUGCUGCAGCAGCACCAGCAGCAGGAGAUGUGGGCUCCUGGUGCAGCUGCGGCACAAGGACACGACCAGGAAGCCGUGCUGCAGCUGAGACCCUCUGCGAGUCGCCGCCGCCGCCACCAGCCACUCUGUUCCAAGUGAAAGACCAAAGGAGCUGUGGUGGUGGUGGUGGUGGUGGUUGCCGCCGCCAAGCAAAUCAAUCCAACUCUUGGACAAACAGGAUCCCUUGGUUUCCGUGCGAAGGGAGGGAGACGGAGAAGGCUGCUUCAUUUUGGGCACUUCCAAGGUUUGAGGCCAUUCUGGCGGAAGGGUGUGAAGUGGGGGCAGAUCUGGAGUUUAACAAUGGUGAGGCUCCUGGUGAGCUCCUGCUGCGCCUUGGCUGCGUCGGUGCUGCUCCAUCCCCAUAUCGGAUCACGGUGAGGAAAAAAUGAGCGAAGAGACGGCGAAUUCUAACAACGAUAAUAGUUAUGCCCGUGUGCGAGCUGUGGUGAUGACCCGUGAUGACUCAAGUGGUGGAUGGUUACCACUUGGAGGGGGUGGACUAAGCUACGUCACCGUUUUCAAAGUCAUUCACCAGGAAGAAAAUGGCUGUACUGAUUUUCUUAUACAGGGGGAGCGUCUCAGGGAUAAAACGGUGGUUUUGGAGUGUACGUUGAAGAAGGACCUUAUUUACAAUAAGGUUACACCAACUUUUCACCACUGGAAAAUUGAUGACAAAAAAUUUGGCCUGACAUUUCAGAGUCCUGCUGAUGCCAGAGCAUUUGAUAGAGGCAUUCGUAGGGCAGUAGAAGAUCUCUCCCAAGGUUGUCCGACAUCACAUGAUGAAAUUGAAGUGCCUGCAGAUGGCUUUCCAGCUAUUCCGGAAAAUACACCUAAUUUGCUAAUGAAAGAUCAUCUUUUCCAACAAGUACCUGUAGUGCACAGUGAUUCUUACAAAAGCUUAAGCAGAAGACCCUCAGCCUUCGAAGAUUUGAACUUAAGAAGAUCCUACUUCCACAGCCAAUCCAACCAGAUACCCCUGAAACCAGUCCGGAAUGUCAGUUUUCAGGACGACGAGGAAAUUGUUCGAAUAAAUCCUCGCGAUAUUUUAAUACGCCGCUAUGCAGACUAUAGACACCCAGACAUGUGGAAAAAUGACUUGGAUAGGGAUGAUGCAGACUCCUCAGUACAGUGUCCUAAGACAGAUAAUAAAAAAUCAGACUACCUGUACCCAUCUGGGGAUGGAACUAAGUUGAAUUCACUAAAAGAUUCAAAGAGUUCUGUGGUACUUAAAACGCAACCUUCCUCGUUCAAAUUGAAAAAAUCAACCAGAAGGAAAGAGGAUGGUGAGCGCUCUCGCUGCAUUUACUGCCAGGAAAGGUUUAAUCAUGAAGAGAAUGGUCGGGGCAAAUGCCAGGAUGCUCCAGAUCCUAUUAAGAGAUGCAUAUACCAUGUUAGUUGCAUGCUUUGUGCGGAGAGCAUGCUCUAUCAUUGCAUGUCAGACUCGGAGGGAGAUUUCUCUGACCCCUGCUCAUGUGACACUAGUGACGACAAGUUCUGCUUACGAUGGCUCGCCCUUGUCACUUUGUCAUUCAUUGCACCAUGUAUGUGCUGCUACCUCCCCUUAAGAGCAUGCCACCACUGUGGGGAGGUCUGUGGAUGCUGUGGAGGAAAGCAUAAAGCUGCAGGAUGAACCAGUGAGGUGCCAAAUUGGGCAGAGAAGUCUUUAUUUUCAGGAAGUAUCUAACUUGUGGAAGCACUUGGCAAGCAGAAGGGAAACCUAUCAUGUACAAGAGGCCUAUUGUGGAAGAAGCAUCGGAACUUGUUGCAUUGUAGGAAUGCUAGCCAUGCCUAAUCUGCUUUUAAGUGCAUGGUGCAAGUUGUGAUGGAGUUCUUGCAAAAGGAAAACCUUUGCUUACGAUUGGUGGUUGAAAUAAGUAUAAACUGAAGUUUGUACUAUAAGGGAUCAACCUCAGCAAUUUGUACAUUUUGUAGUUAGGUGGUGGGGGCUCUGAAUAAUCUAUUUGACAGAAAAAUUAACUAAACCUGCAAUAGCAAGAGAUGAUUUAAAACUAAGGAAAGUAAAAGUUUGUCAGCUGCAAGAAACGAAAUUGAUUUUAAGUGCAACUAAAUUGCUUAUAAAUAGUUUUUGGAAGCAACUUUAUGUACAAAUAACAAAUGUUUAUAUUUAACAAAAUAUAUGGUACGAAUUAUUAAAUUUUCCUUCCCCUUUCCAAUUGCAAAGCAGUUAUGGACCAUGUUUCCAGUCACAUUCCAGUGAUAGUAUUUCUCAAUAUUUAACUAGUUAACGUAGUAGCAUUUCUAUUCAAGAUGGACAAAUCAAUAUUUUCAGUCUUGUUUCUCUUCAACUACAUUUUUGUAUUGAGUUUCCUCUGUACAUUCUGGUAAUCUGAAAGCCUUUAAAAUUUUAAUUAUUGUAGUCUUGAAUGACCAAUGUUUUGUUAAGCACAGGUAUAAUUGUCUAAUGCUCUUAUAAAAACAUAACAUUUAUUUUUAUAUAUAAAUUACUCUGGUUUCAAUGUAAUGGCAAAGGAGUGUUUCUCCCCUCUUUCUCAACCAGCAAAUUUUCUUCUAGGGUUUCCUCAGAAAAUGUUCAUGACCAAUGUUUGGGGAAGGUAAUUAUCAUAAAAUUCAUAUUUAUCAUUUUGUUCAACUUAGUACCAGUUAUUACUUCAAACUGGUAAGGAAACAAAGAAGUGUCAUUAUUUUAAUUUCAUUUGGCCUAGCAAAAAUGUCAAAUAUUCUGUAUAUCAUAUUGUAGCACCAGGUAGGAUAAAGCAAGUGAAUUUCUUAUGAAUGAAAGUCGGUUUUACUUUGUCUUUGUGGUAGCAUAUUAAUAAUGAAUAUUUAACUAAAGAUUUGACCAUGUUUUCUAAAUACCAUCUUUGGGGAAUUUCUAAAUGUCAUCUAUCAUAUAACAACAUAGCAGAGCAUACAGAUUUUUUAUUAAUAAAACUCUCUAAAGCAGUGAAACAGUCAUUCAUUUAAGAAGGUCAAUGGGUGGAGGGGAAGGGAUAAAACAUGUAUUUAAUAUGCUCUUACUAUUAAAAUUGUAAUUGCACACUACCGUUUUAAAAUUUCUGUGCAUUUUUCAGUGAAAUGUUUUGGUUUUAUUUUGUUCCAAAAACCAUGUGCAGUCAUAGGAUUCCUUCUGACCCAUCCCUUUUCCAGAGCCCGGGUAUCAAACUGAACAACUGUAUAUAACACUAUCUGUAAAAUACUUUUUAAAAGAAAGCAUAUAUAUUUAUAUGACAGCUUGAACUGACAACAUUAUGUACAUAGAUCAUCUUGAAGUAUUAUUUCACAUUGAAAAGAAGACAAAUAUAUUGAUAACUAUAGAAGUUAAGAGCUCCUUUAAAGUUUUGUACUUUAAAAACCCCAAAAUGGAUAACGUAAGUCAGCAAAUGUGACACUGUAGCAGCAACCUUAAAGUCCUUUCGUUUUAUAUAUUUGAAAGCUGCUACUCCAGAUGAUUUCAUGCUUCACAUAUUCAGCUAAACUUGGUUGCCUCGAUAGACUGUUAACUUUUUUCAAAACGAAAAGACAGAGAGAAGUAAACUGCUUUUCACUGUUGACAUAGGAAUUGCAUCUUGUGAACAGCAUUUAUUAAAGCAUUAUGUUUUUAAUUAAAAAUGGAGCAUGGUAUCAACAACCUGAGAAAAGAACUUGCUGGCUGUACAGAAAAGUCCUUCGGAACUCUCUGUGUGCGUGUGCAUAUGUAUACACAUGUAUAUGUGGAUACUUUGGGAAGAGACAAAUUAACAAUUUCCUAUGAGAAGUCAUCAGCAUAGUGCAACUCCUGGUUCCUGUAGUAAUGAAACUUUAUAUGCUUUAAUAUUUUUACUGAAUACGUGCAUUAAUAUUUUCAGUGUAUAUUUAACCACUUUGCUGCUAAAUGUUUACUAUCCUUUACUCUUGAAAAAUUAUUCCUAUUUUGUUUUUUAGAAAUACAAAUUACUAUGGAUAUUGAUAGAUAGGUUGUGUUAUUUGCCACUGAUCUAAUUUGAAAUAAUUUCAUUGGUUCAGUAUCUGAUUUCAUGUGAUGUUGGCCACAGUUCUGUAUGUUUAGACUUCUGCUUUAACGGGAAUUUCUUAAACUGUGCCAGCUCACAAAUCUGAUUAACAUAUGAAGUUGCCUUAUAUGGUGUCAGAUCGUUUGUUCAUCUGUCUCUGUGCUCAGAUUGGCAGUUAUUCUCCAAGAUCUCAGGCAGAAGUCUCCCAGCCCUGCUAUGUGAGAUUAUUGGAGAUGACAGGGAUUAAGCCAGGACUGGUAUAGGCCCUUCUCCCUAGAACAGACCACUGGGCCUUCACGUAUCAAUCCAUUAAUUCUAAUUCCUGAAGUGAGAUUCCACCAUGGAGUUGUUUUCCUUAAUCUCAUAGAUUUCAGUGGACUGAAAUAUUUUUUAACUUUAAAUUGGAAUGUGACCCCUGUGUGCAUUUUAUCUUUUUGUCCUACUUUCUUAUGUUAAGGACUAAGACUCAACAGAUAAAGGCUUGCUAUAAAGUAUGUAAAUUCAGGUGCUUUUUAAGGCAUAGAGUCAUGGGGGACUUUUCUCCAAGCCUAUAUAUAUUCAUGUGCAGUAAUAACCAUAGGAUGCUCAGUUUCCAGCCUCCUGAAAGGUGCUAUCUGGUGGAAGGAAGUGUUCUGUCUGAGGUGAAAGCAGCCAGCUAUAAUCCUAGGGUACCACCUACUGGACAAACGUGAUUUAGGAACCUUGGCUUCAGUCAUACAAGCAUUAAUUGGUUAAAAUGCAUAUUGUCCUAAAGCAUAACCAACAUCAAUUUAAGCUACUUUCUGGUAUUUGGAUAAAAAUUUAAUUCCAAAAUUGGGGGAGGGGAGCAUAGGAACAUAUGAAGCUGCCUUAUAGUGAGUCAGACUGUUGGUCCAUCUAGCUCAGUAUUGUCUACGGUCACUGACUGGCAGUGGCUCUCCGGGGUUUCAGGCAGGAUUCUCUCAUAGCCCUACCUGGAGAUACUGAGGACUAAACCCGGAACCUUCUGCAUGCAAGGCAGAUUCUCUACCACAGAGCUAUGGUCCUUCCCAAGGAAGAUCCUUGCAAUUUUGUGAUUUGAAGUUGUUCUAGACACCACUGAAUACAAAACAGACAUGCCCUAUUGGAAGUCCAAUAUUAUAAAAUGAGACAUUCUUACUGUUAGGCAUUGUGCAAAUAUUUCAAACCAAAAUAAAAAGUUAUUGACCAAAAAAUCUCCCCAAAACCUAGGUUUCUGUUUCAUAUAGAAAACUCUAGACCAGUAGUUCUCAAACUUAGACCCCUGAAGAAUUAAGUUCAGUGGGAGGGAUCCUGAGUUGGUAGUGUUUUCCCUCCCCUACCUGGGGAGAGUCAAUUUCCUGGACCCCUGAGUGAUCCACAUUAAAGUUGUUAGGAGGUAGCUUCACCCUUACAAUCUCAUCAUCCCAAUAAAAAGGAAAAAUAAAAAAGUUCAGUAAAAUCUAUUUUGUUUCUCUGUCCAUUGCUUUUGGGGAAAUCCUGUUCUAUUCCUCUUUCAACCCAAUGUUAAGAUUUGUGUCCAAUGUAUAUAGAUCCUUGCGCAUGGCAAGGAUCUUGACUGCAUAAAGGGAGCUCUGCAUUCUCACUUGUGAAAGAGAUUGUUCUUGCUGCAUUAGGAGACCUCAGAAGACACAGUAAGUUUAAAAAUAGAACCCAAGUUCAAAACAUUUGAGAAACUUGGAUCUAGAGCAUAGAGUAGGGUUGUCUCCAUCACUCCUGUGCCUUUUAUCAGCCAAACUUCACAAUUUCAAACUUCACAAUGUCAAAUAUUUUGCAUGUUGGAAUACAAUAUUUCAAUUUUUCUUCCUGUCACCCUUCUGUGGGUAAUCCUGUACAUGGAAGAAAACCUUAAUUCCCAUGUAAAUAAUGCACAAUGUUUGUGUUAGUAUUUUAAUCUCCAGAGAACAUAGAACACUGUCUAUAUGGAGUAUCCAGUGGUCCAUAUGCUCUUGUGGGAGAAGAAUAAAGGAGACGAUUUAGUAGUCCAAUUAGCACUGUUAAGAUUAGCAGCCUGGUGGUUAAAACUUACAUAUGCUUUUUGGUGCACUGAUUAGCAUUUAAAUGGCAUCCUUCUCCCCACCCUGCCCCGGAAGCUUCUUAAUUGCAAUAGUUGUGGUUAGUUUUGAGAAUUCAGAAAACAUCUAGUGGAAAAAACUUCAUAUUGGGAGCUGCAGCAUAACCUGUACAUACUGUAUGUUUCUUCCCCUCUUUGUGAAUAUUUUGCCUAGUGCCAUUUGCUUUCCACCUUCUUGACCUCAAAAAGUGCCUCACUUGUAAUUACUUCCAUUACAAUCUUAAUUGCUAUCUCUUUCUACUAAAUGACGUAGGUUUAAGUUUUAAUUCCAUGUCAUAGAUGUAUUACUUUUUAUCUAUAAGAGUAUAGCUGGCUACCUUGAGUACAUAAUGUAAAUACACAUUGAGUUUAGCUGUUUUGUUAUCAUACCCUUUGUAAGUUGACAUACUGGAUAAUAUCAUAAAACAGUUUUACGUUUCAAUGUUUUCC